UUAAUACGGAAUCGUUUACGGUCUCACUAUGCCAUGAUGUUAUUUAAUCGAUGUUCGCAUACAUCGAUAGUUUGUAUGUCUGGCAACCAUAGGCAUUAUCGGCGUUUUUGUUUAUAUUGCUUGUUGGCAAAUUCAAUAGUAGAGGAGAGGAGCUCUGCGUUCAGGACUAAAGACAAUCUAUAUUUAAGCAAUGUCACUGCCCAUACGAAUGAGCAUAGUAAAAAUAACAUUCAAACUAUAAUAACGCGUGAAUCAGGCAGAAAAUGGCUUUCCUGGGCGACUGUGUAAUCGUGUUCGUCUCGCAGAUGGUCUUCUUUGCUGGUGGUUGGCUGUUCUUUAACAAGCAACUCUUUAAGCAUUAUGAGAUACGCCACAUAUCCGUGCAGUUGAUCUUCUCAUCAACAUUUGCACUUUCCGUGACUAUGUUUGAGCUGAUCAUAUUUGAAAUUAUAGACGUACUGGAGUCAAGUUCACGUUAUUUUCAUUGGCGUCUAGGUCUGACAUUGCUAUUAUUCAUGGUGACUGCUGUGAUACCCAUAUAUAUUUGUUACUCUGUGAUACACAGCAUUUCCUUCUUUUCCGAUAGAUGGGUUCGCAUUUUGACAACUCUAUGCUGGUUUAUCUUCCUGUACGGUCUCUGGCGCAUUGGUGAGCCCUUUCCAUUACUAAGCGCCUCGCAUGGCAUCUUCACCAUCGAGCAAGGAGUGUCUCGCAUAAGUGUUAUUGGCGUAACUGUCAUGGCCAUACUCUCUGGCUUUGGUGCAGUCAAUUAUCCCUACACCAGCAUGACCUAUUUCAUCAAGCCUGUUUCACGUAAUGACAUCAUCUGCUUUGAACGGCGUCUGGCGCUGACUGUUGAUAUGUUGACAGCAAAAAAACGUCGCAUUGCCAUGGCUGUCUACAACUACAAUAAACAGCAUCCGACAAAGCCAAGAAUUUGGGAAAUUCUCACGUCGGCUGUGCAACGCACAACUAGCAAUGGAGAGGACAUCAAUCAACUUAAGCAGGAGGUGUAUGGUCUAGAAGAAUUGCAGCGAUCGGUCUUCCUCGAGCUGAGUUCACUAAAAAAUAUGGAGGAACGUCAACGCUGGUCACAAACGCUGCAAGGCAAAUACUUUAAUGUUCUCGGACAUUUCUUUAGUGUAUACUGUGUCUAUAAAAUAUUUAUGUGCUGUAUUAAUAUAAUAUUUGAUCGUGUUGGCCGCAAGGAUCCAGUGACACGUGGCUUGGAAAUAGCUGUCCACUGGUGUGGCUUUGAUAUAGAUUUGGCAUUUUGGAAUCAGCAUGUUUCCUUCUUGCUAGUCGGUUGCAUUGUGGUCACCUCCAUACGUGGCUUACUGUUGACGCUCACAAAGUUCUUCUAUCGCAUAUCAUCGAGUAAAUCGAGCAACAUAAUUGUCCUGAUUUUAGGACAAAUCAUGGGCAUGUAUUUCUGCUCUUCUGUGCUGCUGAUGCGCAUGAAUAUGCCAGCCGAGUAUCGAGUGAUCAUCACCGAAGUACUUGGCAAUUUGCACUUUAACUUCUAUCAUCGUUGGUUCGAUGUCAUAUUCCUGGUUAGCGCUCUGACCACAAUUAUCGUAUUGUAUCUAUCUCGCAAGCCUGUGCGUGUAGAGACGGAGACAGAUCUGCACUAAGAGAUAAGUGAGCGAGAGAGAUCAUGACAGUGUAUAUGAUAAGCUAGGCACAAUUGGUUUAAAAAAUCAGUCUAAAAUAGCAUAAUUAAUGCAAGCUUUAAGUUAUAUAGUUACAUAUUAAAUAUAUUAUAAAUCUAUGUGCAGCAGUGUGCAUGUAUUUAAUUAAGUAUCUUAUGUAUAACACAGCACAAUAAUCAAAGUUAUGUCAUCUUAAGUAAAUCGAAGCAACGAACUGUUCAGAUACACAAAAUAUUCAUCUUUCAGCUGCGGGGGAUGAAUUUAUCACAAUAUAUUCUACGACAUAAGAAGGCGUUCUCAAAAUUCCAAUUCCAUACUUGAUACAAUUCUUUGGGUCUUUACAUUUCAUUACUAAAAUUAUUGUAAUGUUGCUAUUACAAUUUCCUUUUUCAAUUUGUUCAUUUUUAGCGCAAAUGAUCUUCUAAGCAUAAAUAAUAAAAAUGUAUAUGUACAAAA